UGCAGUCCCGUCCAGCAGGCAGGAGUACAAGGCGGGGAUGUCUAUGUAUGUCGAGCCCAUGACCACAUCUUGCACACCGCUUCAUAAAUCAUGACAGAGUCGGCUUCAGACAUUUGGUCCAGCUGGGACUCUGGGAGCAUGAUUUCAAAAAACAACUCUAGCUGUUCACAACAAACUAGGUUCAAUCUGGUCCAAGUGAAGGGAGCCUGGAAUCGACAACCAGAGCAGAGCCAAACAGCAGAGGGAAAGCUGUCAGAUGCUAAAAUCUAUGAGAACAAGUCAGAACACGGAGUUUCCUGGACAGUGUUCAGCCCCAUCACGUUCACCUACAGAGUCAUUCAGUGCAAAAACAUACUGGAUCCCAGCGACGACACUCUGCUCUGGGGUCACGUAGGAGACGACGAACUUAAAGGAACCUUAAUUAACUCCAAGCCAGUGAAGCGUUUUGUUGUCAUUGAUGAAACUGUCAAUCAGCUCUAUGGCUCCUGGGUUACUCAGUACUUUGAGGCCAGACAAGUUGUACACAAGAUUCUCCCGCUGCCCACCACCGAAGAGAACAAGAGUCUGGAGUUAGUGACCAAGAUCCUGCAGGAGGUUCACCAGUUUGGUAUCGACAGACGCUCUGAGCCGAUCAUAGCCAUCGGAGGUGGGGUUUGUCUGGAUGUAGUGGGUCUGGCGGCAUCUCUCUACCGCCGAAGGACUCCUUACAUUCGAGUGCCGACCACUGUGUUGUCCUACAUUGAUGCCAGUGUUGGGGCAAAAACAGGCGUCAACUUCGCAGGUGGGAAAAACAAGUUGGGGAGUUACAUCCCACCGGUGGCCACGUUCUUAGACUGCUCCUUCUUCCAAACCCUCCCACCACGUCAGAUCUCUAAUGGGAUGGCAGAGAUGUUAAAGAUGGCCCUUAUGAAGCACAGAGGUCUGUUUGAGCUGCUGGAGGCUGACGGCAGGAGGCUGCUGAGCACUAAGAUGCAGUCCUGUGACACCAGCAGCAGCUCUGAACAUGAACACAGCGCUACGGUAUCCAUCCGUAUCGCUAUAGAAACCAUGCUGGAGGAACUGGCUCCUAACCUGUGGGAGGAUGAUCUGGACAGACUGGUGGAUUUCGGUCACCUCAUCAGCCCUGAGCUAGAAAUGAGAGUGUUGCCAGCGUUGCUCCACGGGGAGGCGGUGAACAUCGACAUGUCCUUCAUGGUGUAUGUGUCCCACCAAAAGGGGCUUCUGACAGCAGAUGAGAAGAACCGUAUCAUCCGGUGCAUGCUGGGUCUGGAUCUGCCUGUGUGGCAUCAGGACUGUACUCUGGCUCUGGUGCAGAAAUCUCUCAGGGAGCGUCUGAAACAUUCUGCCGGCUCUGUGAGGAUGCCUCUCCCUACAGGACUGGGACGUGCAGAAAUCUUCCAUGACAUGAUUGAAGAUAAUAUCCUUUGCCAAGCUUAUGCAAAAUGGACUGAUGAGCUUUCUUCUUCUGGGAACAAGUGAAAAAUCUGAAUAAUAAUAUGUGUCACUGAAUUUGAAGAACUUAUUUUGUAUUUAUUUAGAAAAGUAGUAAAUUAAAAUGUCCAAAUAUUUGUUUAACUACAUCCAUAGUGUCAUAAACCUUUAGUAUGCUGCCUAUAAAUGUACGUUUAUAUCUAACUGGAAAUUUGAAUCUCAAGACAAUUUAUAUUGUGAGGGAAUAAAACACAAGCUCCACCAGCAUUCAAAUAAAACUUUUAAUAUUUCUCACAAGAUACUUUCCACAUUGAGUACCGAUGAGUUCGAGUCCACUACUCUGAAACCAGUGGGUACAGUAACUAUUGCUACAUUCAUCUCUUAUAAACUGUAACAAUAAGAACAGUGGCAACAUCAGCAGACAACAUUAUUUGUAUGAACCACAGGAAUGAGAAUUAGCAGACGAGGUCUAAUCUGAGCUAACAUGGUUCUUCAUUAGUGGUUUACCCAUAAUGUGCCAUAAUAAUUUACAACUCUAAAAGUCACCAUAAGAAAUCAGUAAAAGCGGUGGCUUCAUUAUAAGUGCUACCACCACCUGUAAUGCUAAUAUGCAUUCGAACCAGUCACAUUUCAGGGUUAUUUGAUUUAUCUGUGGAUCUGGGGUCAGUCCUGUGCAUGUUGCACUGUUAAGGCUUCAUCCCUGUUAUGGUUACACAUCAAGGGAAAAUCUGCAGUCCAUUGACACUGUACUUCAAUGACAAAAAAAUAUUAACUCAGAGUUCUCUUACCAGCUUUUGCAGGGAAUUUCAACUGCAUCUCAUGGUCUUGAUGAGCAUGUGGGGUCUGUUCAGUGGAUAAGAACACCGAGAUGCAGGUGAAAUACUUCCAUGAAAAGUGAGAAUUAAAUUGAGUUCUGUUUUUUUAUUUCUUUGUUUUAUAUUUCACUUAUAGCCUGAUUGCCAUCAUGCUCUACAUAUUGCUUGUAUGUAGGGAGGAGAAACACCUCUAUUAAAGAUGCAUCAGCAAAGCAGUUGAAACAUUUGUAUUUCUAUCUGUAUAUAAAUUUAUUGUGUCUUAUUUUUGGCACACAUUUUGGCAGUUAUAACUGUGAACUACAUUCAUACUAGUCUCAGAAGGAUUCAAAAUAUUCAAGCUGACUUUGGAAACAUUGACUUCAGUGCACAAUUUAUAAAAUGCACAGCUACAACAUGUGGACUUCCAAAGUGUUCAAUACUAAAUGAAUGGACAAGACAUUAUCAUAAAUAAUCACAUGAAUAAACUAGUAAAAUAUAUUAAGAUUACAGCCAUGUACUAGUGCAGAGUGGUUCGCUGUGCUAAACGCAGGACGCUAAAAUGAACACAAUAACAAUUCUUAGAAACUGCUGCAACAGUCAUAGUAUGCUAACGUGCUGAUUAGCACUAAACAGGACAGUGCAAUUAAAGUUGAUGGAAUUGUCAUUAGCUUUGCAGGUAUUUGGUCAUAGUCUACAGUACUGAACACACUAGCACGAUGACUAUCAUGAUUAUAGUGCCUGAUGAAAAGCUAAGAGAUUGCCAAAGAAAUUACUAGGGAUGUCCUGAUCAAGUUUUCCCUGCUCCUGAUCCGAGUCAUUUAAUAUUUAGUAUCUGCCCAUAAUGAGUCCUAAUCCAUUUUCCUAUAUAUUAUACAUUUCAAGCACAUUCAUGUCAUUUGUAUCAUUCUAGUGUAUAUGCUGGACAUCUGUAUAGCUCUGCAAUGCAUUAAGAAAACAAUUUAGCCAGUUAGCAUUAGCUGUAGUACCUGGCUGCAAUGCCAGGUUGAGUCUCUUACUGUUUAACCCUGUGGUGAGCAGAGGGCAUUGUGGGAGUUUAGCAAGCAAUGGGAGGGAUGACAGAGACAUUCUGACAUGUGUAGCAGGAGGUGUAAGCAAAAGAUUGGGCUUAGAAAAGUGUUGAUAACAAUACGGAUCUGCCGUGACCCUUGAGAUCGGCUUCUGACAGCCUUGGUAAUUAUGGUUCAUCUUCAGGGGAACAUGAAUUACUGCCCCACAGCAAUUAAUCCAGUCGCUAUCAAGUUAAAACAUUUCACAUUAGGCCGAAAAUCUGCUGGUGGGGCAAGAUAAAGAGCCACAGGAAAGCAAAAGUCUUUAGGAUUCAUCCUCUGGGCAUCUGUUUAGAAUUUCAAGGCAAGAAAGUUCUUGAGAUAUCUAAACGACAUAGCCAUCUCAAGGAGCACAUUAAAACUCAGCAUACUGCUACUAAUUAUGGAUUGUCCAUAAUGACACUUUCCAUGAUCACAGCAUUUCGGCCCACCAGAUGAACACACCAGACUUAUGCUCCUUACAGAGAAUCUGCUCUAUCGCUGCAGAAAAUAGUUGUUUGCCUCAGACUUUGACUGGUGCUGUCAUUGCUCUAGCUAACAGGAGUUUGCUGGCUAGGCAUUGUGGCUGCAUGGAAGGAUGGCCAGUCAGUGGGGAAAAUGCCACUGUGGAAUAAAAACAGAUGAAAAUGGGCAGAAACAAGGUAGCGAAGUGGAAAUUAAAUAAAACAGUUAUGAAAAUAUGUAACACAAUAAUUAUUACUUAUCAAAAUAUUUCUGGAUUUGUUGGUUAUUCGUAUGUUUUAUUCUACUUUACUCUUUGUUUCAGAUUACUGAUAAUGACUGAUUUAAUAUUGAACACUUUGGGGAUCCACAAUAACAAACCCUUUCUUGUGGUUCUUGAGUCUGAGACACUUAUAGCGUUAUCUCACUCUGACUAAAGGUCCCUCCCUGCUGCUCUCUCAGGGACCUCGGCACUCUUCAGUUCAUCUAUGAAGCACCAGACACCACUAUAAACAUCAACAAAAUGUUGCACUACUCCUCUCACGUCACCAGGGUAACAGAAACCACUUUAAGGCACUUAAAUGAAAAGAGAAUCACUUCAACACCGUCUCAGACUAAUUCAUAAAGAGAUCACAUUUUCAAGACAUGAUGCUGCUGCUUUACAGGCACAACUUCAACCAUUGCAUAGUUUGACAGAAUGGAGGCGGUGCCGUAACAGGGCUUUCAGUGUAUGGCAGGUAGUCAUUAACCAAGGCAUAUUUACGCAACGUGCUACAACUAACUUCUAAACAAACUGCUGAAAUAUACAACCACAAAGAAUCUACAGUCUCAUACAAUAUUCUGUAUGCUUCUGACGAGCCAAAUACAAUAGUUAGUUUAUGCUUAGAUAAAAAAAAAAGAAGGCGAAGAAACCACAUUUCAAUUUACAGAGGUCAUUCCAGUGUUUUGACAAUGUCAUGCAUUUCAUACAAAAUCCCAAAGCAGUCUCCUUAUAGUCCUUGGCAAUAUAAAUGUUCACAUAAUGGAAAAAAAAUCCUGAAUGUGAAAUGAAGUGGUAUAAAAAAAACAAUAAUUUAGGAAAUCGAUGGACUGUUAUAAAAUCUGAGAUCAACACGCCUGUAUUACUACAGUAAACUAUGUGCUGAAAGAGUCGCAGUUUGACCAGUUUUCUGUCUGAUCACUAUAAGAAUACAAUAAAAUUGAAUUGAUUCACCUUCCUCAGAUUAAACAAAGAUUUAGAGAAUUAUAUCAUUAUAUUCUAUCAAGUAAGAUUCUUUUAGAACCUUCUACAGCCUUUUCAUGAUUUUGAGAUUCUAUUACUUUUCAUUUAAUUCUGUUUUUAAUUUAAAUAUUUCUGUGGUUUUGGCAGUGAGGAAUGUUCUGGUCGUAUAUCUGGUACACACUGCUGGAUCAAACAGCAUCAUAUGUUAAAGGAUGGGCUGGAAAACUCGACCUUUCUGUCAUGCUAUUGGAUUGUUUCUCAUUAUGACACUGAAUAAAAGGCUUAAAUUAAUCAUUAUCAA